CACGAUCCUCUGCUUCUUGACACACCUUUUGUUGUCAUCUAAAGGGGGCAGCUGCGAAAGAUUUAUUGUUAAAAAAAACACACACACACACACACAAUAAAGAAAAGUGAAGACAGCGCAGCAGGCACACAGACAUGGUCGCGUCUGUUUUAGGAUGAGUGGUGAUGAGAACCCAGCUGCAGUGCCAAAGCCUGUGGAGGAUGUACAGGGAGACGCGAGAUGGAUUUCACAGCACACACGGUUUGUACAGGAGUGUAAGGAUGCAGAGCCAGAUGUGCUGUUCAUUGGUGAUUCAAUGAUUCAACUAAUGCAGCAAUAUGAUAUAUGGAGAGAGUUGUUCUCUCCUCUCCAUGCUCUAAACUUUGGCAUUGGAGGGGACACCACCUGUAAUGUGCUGUGGAGGGUGCAGAAUGGGGAGUUGGAGAACAUAAGACCUAAAGUGGUUGUGCUGUGGGUAGGAACCAACAAUCAUGAGCACACAGCAGAGCAAGUUGCUGGAGGAGUAAUGGCAAUUGCACAGUUUCUUGCAACUCGUCUACCCAAGGCCAAGAUAAUUGUUCUGGGCCUGCUGCCACGAGGGGAACGGCCAAACCCGCUGAGGGAGAAGAAUGCGACUGUCAAUAGUUUGUUGCACUCAUUGCUACUCCAAAUACCCCAGGCUCAAUUCCUUGAUGUCAGUGCAGAGCUGGUCCACUCUGAUGGCACCAUCAGCAUACAGCACAUGUUUGACUUCCUCCAUCUAACAUCGUCAGGGUAUCGCGUUAUAGCCAAGCCUCUUAAUGAUCUUCUGCUGCAGAUCUUAGAGGAGACGCCAGAGGAGAGAAGGGCCUCAUUGGUGUAAAGUUUAAGAAAUGUAUUCAUCCAGAUGCUGGUCUCCAACUGGGUGUGAUGGGGGGGCGUGCUCCUGAGACAGUCCUGCAGAAAGGCUCAUUCAGAGGAGGAUGCCUUAAAAGUGAGUGCGGUGCGUGGGAUCAUAUUUAUAUGUGGAGAAUGAGCAUGGAGAGGGAGAGAGACCACAACAUAUCUUAGGUAAACACUGUGGUCAUGAAGAAUAUGGCGUUUACAGCCAAGAGACAAAAUUACCAUAAAUUCUGAAUACAGAUACUUAACCUGUUCCUUUUAUACUCACAAUAAAUACAAACUAGGGAAUUUACACAUCUUUAAAAAGCUUUGCACAAGUCUUCCACACACUGCCAGUUAAGAACACAAACAAAUCUAAAUAAGUAAAACAUGUUGUUAAUGGUUUUAACACUACUUUAUGAACCCUCGCAAAGUUGACGUACAUUAUAAUAUUUCCUUUCAGGUCCUAAACUAUUGGUGCACAUCAAGUAACUUUAAUCUGACAAUUGUCUCUCUCCCUCUCUUCUUAAAAUGACAGUAUUUUCAUGUAAAAGCACUUAAAUUUAAUUUCUUACUUUUUGUUCACUCCUUGUGUUUUAGUUGACCGUCAGCCUUCUAUACUGCCUGACUUUUCUUCUUGACUUACACUACCAGUCAAAAGUUUAGACAGACCUUCUCAUUUAGUGUUUCUUUAUUAUCAUGACUAUUUUAAAUUGUAGUUUCUUACGAAAGACAUCACAACUAUGAAUGAACACAUAUGGAAUUAUGAAUAUGAAGUAAAGUGUGAAAUAACAUCAGUUUAUUUUAGAUUCUUCAAAAUAGCCACCCUUCACAUUGAUCACACUCUUGGCAUUCUCUCAUUAAGCUUCAUGAAGUAGUCACCUGAAAUCGUUUCCAAUAGUCUUGAAGGAGUUACCAGAGAUGCAGAGCACUUAGUGGUCCUCGUUGGUCUGCACAUGAGUCAGUUUCUUUGAAGCGCGUGAUGGUUUAACAACUGCACUUGUGGACAUCUUAAAUAUUUUUGCAAUUUUCCAGGCUGGUUCACCUUCAUUUCAUAAAGUAAUGGUCGAGUUUCAUUUCUCUUUACUUAGCUGAUUUUCUUUCUUGAUGUAAUUUUAAUUAUAACACUUGUCAAAUAACGCUUUCAGGGAUGGUCCUAACCCCAUUAAGAAGACAAGAAAUUCCACUAAUGAACCCUGAUACUCAGGCACAGCUGUAAAGUGAAAACUAUUUUGGGUGACUUUAUCAUGAAGCUUAGAGAAAGCCAAGGGUUUGCAGCACUGUUAACAAAGCAAGGAGUGGAUACUUUGUGGAAUUUAAAAGUAUUUACCUUUUUCCAUACAUCUUGCUUCAUAUAUUUAAGUCCUCCUUAUGUAUCUACAAUGUAAAAGUUGUAAAAAUAAAGAAAAAUCAUUGAUUGAGAAGGUUCAGUUACUACUGAACACGGCCAUAUAAAUUGUUACUACUCCAAAUGACAGGUCAUGUUAAGGAUGCCAUUUGUAUGUGAACUUAUACUGUAGCUUCUUAUUAGGAAAAAAAAAUAGCCUCAUCAUGUGUGCAGGUGUAACUCUUUUGAUGAAGGGUUUACCAGCUGCUUGUCUCUAUGGAGAUGUUAGUGCUUCAACCAGGAUUAUUUCACUGUAAAACUAGUGACUUUCCAUGGAGGAGAUGACUCCAACAAGCUAAGACUAAGGCAAAGCCAUAACCUCUCCAUAAAGAGUAGAAGAUUGUGGACACCCACCAGAAAAGUUACACAGUGCUCCUUUAACCCUAGCUACUGCUGUCUCUGCACCAGGUGUGCUAUGUUUAUAGUGUAUGUGUCUGUGCCUUAUGUGUUCCAAUGGCAAUUGUGCACAGUAUGUCCAUCUGUGAAUUAUGAAAAGUUUACAUUGAUCCAAUUGGUUGUUUGCUUUGUGGCUUAACUGUCUGUUAUGAAGAAUUCCAGUAAUAAAUGAUUUACCAUUAA